AUGGGCUUUGAAAACGUGUUCUACCUGGAGAACUUUGAGUGCGCGGGUGACGAGGUGCUAGUGGAGUCUUCACCGCCCGGCUCGCCCGCAAUGGCAGCUAGACUCGCGCAGCCGACACAGAGCAAUGGCACGGGCGGGCCGGCAACAGGCGCGGGCGGCGCCUCGCCGAGUGCCGUGCGUGAGCUCAUCGUCAUUCCCGAAUUACCUAACUCCAUACAUCUACAACAUGCCAUACAUCAGGUGACCAGCACAGUAGUGGAGGUGAAUGGCGAUAGUUCUGGUCACUCGAGUCCCACGGCCGAAGCGCAGCACACCUACAUCACUGUUGCAACGCCGAGUGCAUGGCCCGUUCAAGUGAAGACUGAAGGCGUCAAGGUUGAGUUCUACAGUGACCAUGAAAGCGAGGGUGGUAACGGCGUCAACUACCACGUGCAAUAUGUGGAACCGCAGGAGAUUUACACCCAAGGACAUCAGGGACAUAUGGAUACUCUCCGUUCGUACCCGGUAUACGGGGUCACGACCGUUGGUAACGCGACCUCGUCCACGGAAGGGACGUCCGCCGACAACGGGUGGGGUGGUGCAUCCUCUGCCGAAUACACCGCGUAUGGUGUAGUUGUGGCGGGGGACGAGGCGGAGGCACCGGCCAGCCCCGCGACACCGGGCGCUGCGCCGCAACCACCGCGCAUGCCUCCCGCUACUGUGCAAUGGCUGCUCGAUAACUACGAGACCGCGGAAGGCGUAUCUCUUCCGCGUUCAACUCUGUACUCACACUACCUACGUCAUUGCGCAUCUCACCGUCUGGACCCUGUAAAUGCAGCAUCUUUUGGUAAACUUAUCCGAUCCGUAUUCAUCGGCCUUCGAACCCGACGUCUUGGUACCAGAGGCAACUCCAAGUAUCACUACUACGGAAUCAGAGCCAAAGCGAAUGUUGGCGAUUCACCACCAAGACAUGAUUCCACCGAAGACAAAAGCGAUGGUCAAAGUCAGCAAGAGUCCCGCGACCGCGAGUCCGAGCAGAGCCCGAUCGGCGGCGCCAGCAGCCUGGCCCACCGGCAGUACCUGGGGGCGGUGUCGGCGCCGGACCCGCCCGACCUGCAGCUCGAGGACCUGCCCGACGACGUGCCGCCGGCGGCGCUGGUCGCCUUGCGCAGGCAUCACCGGCAACACGGAGUAGAGUUUCUGGAAGCGGUGGCGGCACUGGACACGGCCGGGGUGGAGCGGACCAGGCGCGCAUUCUGGAAGCGGCCGCCGCCGGACCUGUGCAAGCGGGUACUCUGCCGCCUGGCGGCCAGGAAGGACGUGGCCGACUGGCUGAAGAGCGCCGAGCUGGAGCUGUACCAGAAGGCCGUGGAGCUGCUGCUGCCCGACGUGCUGCGGCCCAUCCCGCCGCAGCUGACGCAGGCCAUCCGCAACUUCGCCAAGUCGCUGGAGUCGGCGCUGGCGGCGGGCGCGGCACCGUAUGACGCCCACUUGUCCCGCCAGGACUUCAAGCACACGCUGGGCCGCGGCGCCACGCUGGAGCAGUGGGCCACGUGGCUGGAGGGCUGCGUGCGCACGGCGCUGCAGCCGCACGAGCGGAAGCCCGACUACACCCAGCGCGCCCGGCGGCUGCUGCUGGACUGGUCCUUCUACUCCUCGCUGGUCAUCAGGGAGCUCACGCUGCGGUCGGCCGCGUCGUUCGGGUCGUUCCACCUGAUCCGCCUCCUUUACGACGAGUACGUGUCGUACCUGAUCGAGCGCCGCGUCGCCGCGCACACCAACUCGCCGCCCAUCGCCGUCAUGCAGACGCAGCAGGACGACGAUGAAGAUAUUCCAGAAGAUACCUCCCGUAUAGAAGAGGAACCUGAUCCCGACGACCCCGACUGGGAAUGGGACGAAGAAGAGGAUGAAGAUGAAGACCCCAUUGACAUUAAAAAAGCCAAAUUGCAUUGCGAGUAAGCCAUAACACCAUCCACAAAAUACAAGUAAAGCAUAUAAUUGUCGCAAUAUACGGAAGCUGGUAUCUAAGUCAAAUAGCAUUGCGAAUAAUGCAUACCAUCGUUCUAAGUCAAUAGGAAAUAAAACAAUAUUCUCGCAAGUUUCCAUCUACAAUACUUAAGUAAGUAAUAAAGCUGUA